UUGUACACGCAGUCAGGUGUCGCGGUUCUUUCACGCUACCGGCGACGCCCGCCCAGCAUUUUCCCACGUUCACGUCGCGCUGCUUUCCACCGAGCCCAUCCUAUUUAUUUAUUUAUAUAUUUCUGUGCUCGUGGAUUCAGUGUAUAGGGAGGGAUGACGUACUGUGGAAGUGUGUGUGUGUGGGCGUGGAUGGAAAUGUCAACGUGCGGCUGAGAAGGAGGAAGGAGGAGGAAGGAGCCAUAUCUCUGAUAGUUGAUGGUAUAGCCAAUAACUCCUGAAAAUACCACUUCAGUUUUUGCGUCAGCUGUUGAAAAUAAUCUAAAGUUUGCGAUGUGCAGUUUGCGGAGCUCUGCAUCUCCAAGUGCAUGAGGUGAGUUAGAACCACCCCACGCACAAGAACAGCCUCCCUUCCUGGAUGUGAAACACAUCGACGUUUCAACAUCAGGCAACUUGUAACCGCCGGAUCUUUAUUGAAGAACCUCUCAACAACAUCCAGCAUGAUGUAGACUUGACGGCGAAAGUUCUGAUGACGUGCCGGGGCAGCGUUGCAGGGCGGAGGAGAAGUGACUGACUCCCCCCUUCAUUUCACCACACCUAGCACCUCUAUGUCCGUCCUGUUUGGGCGGGUGGAGUGCUAUGUCAUCAACCACACCCCCUGCGGCCCCACCCCUUAAGAAGGGAAGGAAGCCGGAGAAAUCUGAGGUGAUGGCUGACUCGCCACAGGCCACCAAUGAGGAGCUGCGGAGCAAGCUCAUGGACGUCCAGAUUGAGCUGCAGCAGGAGCGGGGCAAGGUGUGUAAGCUCCGAGAGCGGCUUCAGGAGCAGCGCCAGGCCCGGGAACUCGAGCAGCACAAACACGCUGUUGCUCUCACAGACCUGAGGGCCAAACUCCAUGAAGAAAAGCUGCGUGAGAUAGCGGCCGCCCGCGAGGCCCUGGCGCGGCAGCAUGAAGUCGAGCUGGCUCGAGCAAUCAAGAUCCGGGAUGUUGAGGUGCAGAGACUCCAGGGCCUGGUGAACGCACUGAGGGAUGGAGCAGCUGACAAACUGAAAAAUGCUCUUCUUGGAGAGGCCCGGGAGGAGGCCAGAAGGGCUUUUGAUGGGGAGAGGCUAAAACUACAGCAGGAGAUCCAGGAGCAGAAAAAUGCAAGGAAACAGGCUGAGGAGGCCCUGGCUAACGCUUUGCAAGCAGAUAAAGCCAAAGCCGCUGAUCUCCGCACAGCAUAUCAACAGCACCAAGAUGAGGUGCAUCGCAUCAAACGGGACUGUGAGAAGGACAUCCGACGACUGAUGGACGAGUUGAAGUCGAAGGACCGGGUGGUUUGUGCUCUGGAGAGGGAGUUGGGGGCGCAGGCUGGGUACGCCCAGAAACUGCAGCUCCAGAAGGAAGCUCUGGAUGAGCAGCUGGGCCAGGUACGAGAGGCCGAGAGACACAACCACGGCAGCCCCAAAAGAGAGGUGGUGCCUGGGCUGGGGGACAACUCAGACCUACUCAACAACCAGUUUGUAUCUUCCUCCUCCUCUCCUCUCCCCCCGGCUCCACAGGAGGUGGACGAGCGUGACAUGAGGAGGUUCCAGCUGAAGAUAGCAGAGCUCCACGCCGUUAUCAGGAAACUAGAGGACAGAAAUGCACUGCUGGCCGACGAGAGGAAUGAACUACUGAAGAGAGUGCGAGAGGCAGAGAGUCAAAUGAAGCCCAUGUUUGAGAAGAAUAAGCGCCUGUCUAAGAAAAAUGAUGACCUCCUGCAAACACUGCAGCGCAUGGAGGAGAAACUCAAGAACCUGAGCCGUGAGAACGCUGAGAUGAAAGAGAAGGCCUCCUCCUCUCGGCCCCCUUCACAACAGCAGUCCCAUCAGCCCCAGCUAAAGCGACCGAGCUCCCUGACAGACCUGAGCCACGCCCACGAAGAACAGGAAGUGGAGUUCCUCAAACUGCAGAUUGCUGAGCAGCGAGGCAUCAUCGAUGAGCUCAUACAGGAACGUGACCGAUUGGUGAUGAGCAAAAAGAACAGGAGGAAACCUCUAAAACUGUCUAAAAGGCAUGUUGUGGAGACAUAUUUUGGAUUUGAUGAGGAAUCGAUAGACUCUGAGACCUCCUCCCUUACCUCCUAUAACACUGACCUGACUGACCGCACACCUGCCACUCCAGAGGAAGAUUUAGAGGAGAAUGUUUCUCGUGAGGAGUCAGAGCUUCGCUUUCGUCAGCUGACCAGAGAGUACCAGGCUCUCCAGCGCGCCUACGCCCUCCUCCAAGAGCAGACUGGAGGCUCCCUGGAUGCUGAGCGGGAAGCUAGGACACGUGAGCAGCUGCAGGUGGAGCUCAGCAGCUGCCAGGCCAAGAUAGUGGACCUGGAGAAGGCCCUGGCCGAGCGGGGGCAGGAUUCAAAAUGGGUGGAGGAGAAGCAGUACUUGAUCAGGAACAACCAGGAACUUCAUGAAAAGAUGUGUGCCUUGCAGCAGGUGGAGUCACGGCUGCAGGCGGAGGUUCAGGAUGCACGGGACCAAAAUGAGCUGCUGGAGUUCAGGGUGCUGGAGCUGGAAGAGAGGGAGCGAAGAUCUCCAGCCCUGAAUCUCCACAUGUCUGCCUUCCCUGAGAACAGCAGCAGUGCCCUGCAGAUCUACUGCCAUCAGGAGGGGGUCAAGGAUGUGAUCAUUCCUGAACUGAUGAAGAAACUGGAUAUCCUAGGGGAUAACGGAAACCUCAGAAAUGAGGAGCAAGUGGCAGUGAUCCAGGCAGGGACUGUGAUCUCGCUGUGUGAAAAGUGGUUAAAGCAGAUAGAUAGUACAGAGGCUGCCCUCACUCAGAAGAUGAUUGACUUGGAAAAUGACAAGGAGCUGUUCAGUAAACAGAAGGGGUUCCUUGAGGAGGAACUGGACUACAGGAAGCAGGCCUUGGACCAGGCCUACAUGAGGAUCGAGGAGCUGGAGGCCACGCUGUAUAGCGCUCUGCAGCAGGAGCAGCCAGCAUGCCAGGCCGUGGCCGAGUCGCUGACAGACAGGCAGAGGGAGGAGCUGAGGCUCGCUGUGGAUAAGCUGCGGCGUCAGAUUCUCCGGCAGAGCCGGCAGUAUGACAGUCAGAUCUUACAGGAGCGCAUGGAGCUCCUACAGCAGGCCCAGCAGAGAAUUAGAGAGCUGGAGGACAGGAUUGACUUGCAAAAGAGACAAAUAAAGGAAAUAGAGGAAAAGUUUCUGUUCCUCUUUUUAUUUUUCUCUUUAGCAUUUAUACUUUGGCCUUAAUGAAAGCAACUGUGGACCGACAUCAGCUGUUGGGGUACUCUGGAAGCAAGUGAGGAUGAAGAAAAAUCUUAUUGUUUUUUAUGCAUUUGUAGACAGUUCUUGAAAACUUUAUGGCCUUUUUGAUAAACGUGCACUUUUUGCAGAAGACCCUAACCUGGAAUGCAAACAUAUAUGAAAUUUAUUACAUGAACAGAUAUACAUGAGAU